UUAGCGCGCAAAACAGCUGUUCGUGUGGUGAAUACGAAUCGCCGAUACUGUUUCACAUUCGUAAAAUGGCGUCGGAGGUAGCGGUUGAACAACAAGACCAAGAAUUUGCUGUCAAACAAUUUAUUGAUCUCUGCAACAAUUUAGGCGCCAACUGCAGCCAAGCAACAGCAGCAACAGCCGCCGCCUCCUCGAAUGCCAGCACAUCCAGUUUCCACGUACACAUCAAUACACAGCAACAACAGCAACAACAGCAACAACAACAACAGACAACAGUCGCUUUAGACACACAAAAUCCAUCAACAACAACAGCAUCAUCAUCGUCGUCAUCAUUGCCCAUCAGACGUCACAUCUCGCACACGACGGCCGUCAAGUUCUUGUACGCCCGUAAGUUUGAUAUACCACGCGCCGUGUCUCUGUAUGAACAGCAUGAGCAGAUCCGGCAAAGGGAAUACCUAUAUAACAUUGAUGCGGGUGUGGAGCCGUUGCGCUCCGAGCUGCAAACGGGCAAAUUUACAAUACUGCCGGCGCGCACUUCGAGCGGAGCGGCGAUUGCGCUCUUUACGGCCAAUCGGCACAGUCCGCUAAGCGCCUCGCAUACGACCACAUUACAGGGUAUUGUCUAUCAGCUGGACUGUGCGCUGCAGGAUACGGAAACGCAGCGUGCCGGACUUGUUUUUAUCUACGAUAUGAGUGGAUCCAAAUAUUCGAAUUUUGAUUAUGAUCUAUCGCAAAAGAUUCUCACGCUGCUCAAGGGCGGUUAUCCGGCACGGCUGAAAAAGGUGCUGAUUGUGACGGCGCCGCUGUGGUUCAAGGCGCCCUUCAAGAUACUCCGCCUGUUUGUGCGCGAGAAGCUGCGCGAGCGGGUGUUCACCGUAUCGGUGCCGCAGCUGAGCCUGCACGUGCCGCGCAAGGCGCUGCCAGUGCAUCUUGGCGGCACGCUGGAAAUAGAUCACGCCACAUGGUUGCUACAUUGCCGCAAAUCGAUGACGAAUCGUGAAGACGAACUGCUUGCCAAUAUUGUGGGUGUGGCUGUGGGUGUCGGUGUGGGUGUGGGUGUGAGUGGAUCUCUCGCCGCACCCUCAACAACAACAACAACAACAACCGCAACAACAGCAACAACAGCAACUGGAACGACAUCAGCUGCAACUGCAACCACGACAGCGUCGCCGCUCAGCAACGGCAGCGCUGCGGCGUCAACAAUUAUCAGCGCCGUGCACCAGUUGGCCGAGAACAACACAACGGUUGUGACAGUCAGCGGCGAGCAGAGAACGGAACUCGGCGCCUCGAGCGCCGCCAACGACGAGUCGGAGCCCAACGAGAACAUCACAAUAAACGGACUAAGUCCGAGUCACCGGACAGUUGCCAAAGCUCCCGCCCACGCCGCCGGCGCUGGCAACACGGGCAACGCGAGCAACGCGCUGCUCAAGCUCAACACAACCGGCAUACAGCUACAGCAACAGCAGCAGGAGCAGGAGCAGAACCAAUCGAACGGUGCUGCUGCCGCCGCUGAGCUUGGCCCAGUGUCAACGGCAACAACGGCAGCCGCGGCUGCUGGCAGCGCCGGCGGUGGCGGUGGCGGCGGCGGCGAAUUCUGGUCGGAAAAUCCGCCGAGCAGCGCCUCAUCUGGUUUCAGUGACGACGACAGCCUGGCCGGGCAGGAGGGUGAUCCCAAAACGAUUGAGCAAAUCGUUCAAAUGGUGCGCGAACGCUGCCGCCAUGGCCUGAUCAAAGAGUAUGCGGAUAUACGGAAUCGGGCGCCCGAGGGCACCUUUCUGCAUGCACGCAUGCGCAACAAUUUGACCAAAAAUCGUUACACAGACGUCCUCUGCUAUGAUCACAGUCGUGUCGUGCUCGCCCGCGAGGAUGACGACGAGCUCUCCGACUAUAUAAAUGCGAAUUUCGUCGAUGGCUAUAAACAGAAGAACGCCUAUAUUUCAACUCAAGGUCCAUUACCAAAGACAUCCCAGGACUUUUGGCGCAUGAUCUGGGAACAACAUUGCUUAGUUGUAGUUAUGACAACGCGCGUCAUGGAGCGCGGACGUGUUAAGUGCGGCCAAUACUGGGAGCCGACUGAAGAGAGUUCCUUGGAGUUUGGCAAUUACCAUGUGCGAACAAUUAGCGUCGAGUGCAAUGAGGAUUACACCGUUGCAUCCCUAGAAUUGAGAAACCUAAAGACUGACGAAAUUCGCAAUGUGUCACAUUGGCAGUUCACCAGCUGGCCGGAUUACGGCGUGCCCAGCUCUGCAAUGGCCAUGCUCAACUUUUUGCAAAAGGUUCGCGACAAGCAGGCAGAGCUGGUUCGCGCCCUCGGCGAUACCUGGGCUGGUCAUCCACGCGGUCCGCCCAUUGUGGUGCACUGCAGCGCAGGCAUUGGACGCACGGGCACCUUCAUUACGCUGGACAUCUGCAUAUCGCGUCUGGAGGAUGUCGGCACCGCGGACAUACGCGGCACCGUCGAGAAGAUACGGUCGCAGCGCGCCUACUCCAUCCAAAUGCCGGAUCAAUAUGUUUUCUGUCAUUUGGCGCUCAUCGAGUAUGCGAUCUCGCGCGGCAUGCUCCAAACGGUCGACUUGGCGGGCUUCGACGAGCGGGAACAGGACUCCGAAUAGGCAUUGACACCCAAUUGAAACGCAGCCGCAAGGAAUACAUAUUGUAUACAGAUUACUUAUAUUUUGGUCA